AUGUCAGGACGUGGUAAAGGAGGUAAAGGCCUUGGCAAAGGAGGUGCGAAGCGGCAUCGGAAAGUUCUUCGGGAUAACAUCCAGGGAAUUACAAAGCCUGCAAUUCGUCGAUUGGCACGACGUGGUGGUGUUAAGAGAAUCUCUGGUCUUAUUUACGAAGAGACUAGAGGGGUCCUUAAACUUUUUCUGGAGAACGUCAUUAGAGAUGCUGUCACAUAUUGUGAACACGCAAAAAGGAAGACUGUGACGGCAAUGGAUGUCGUUUAUGCCUUGAAACGGCAGGGAAGGACGCUUUACGGCUUCGGCGGCUAA